AUGGUUAAACCUGGAGGGGAGAUCAGGGAGUUCACGGACUCUACUGAGCUUUCCGUGCAGGCAAAGGCCUUAUACGACGACAAGUCGAAGAAAUGGAGGCAAUUGGAGACCAAGAGAUUUGCAGACAAAAGGAAGUUUGGGUUUUCAGAAGCACCGAAAGAAGAGAUGCCACCAGGUAAGGUUUUACUUGUGUGUUUUCGCUUUUAGGUUAAUUGUAGGAAAGUAGGAGGUAUAUUAUUGUUUUUAUUGUAAACUAGCAACGUUUUUAUGUUUUUUGCUCAAACAUGCCGUUUUUUACAUAAACUUUCAUUACAGAACAUGUCCGCAAAGUCAUACGAGAUCAUGGUGACAUGACGUCAAGGAAGUUCAGACAUGACAAACGAGUAUAUCUUGGAGCGCUAAAAUAUAUGCCUCACGCGAUUCUGAAGCUGAUGGAGAAUAUGCCAAUGCCUUGGGAGCAGAUUCGUGAUGUCAAAGUGUUGUACCACAUCAGUGGAGCCAUUACUUUUGUGAACGAAGUUCCAAAGAUUAUUGAGCCGAUCUAUAUUGCACAAUGGUCUACCAUGUGGAUCAUGAUGAGGAGAGAGAAAAGAGAUCGUCGACACUUCAAGAGAAUGAGGUUCCCACCUUUCGACGAUGAAGAACCUCCGCUCGACUACGCUGACAACAUUCUCGAUGUGGAGCCGUUGGAGCCGAUUCAGAUGGAUUUGGAUUCAGAAGAUGACAGACAUGUUUCGGAAUGGUUCUACGAUCACAAGCCUCUCAGUAUGCCAGAGUAUGCUGACAGUGGCCAAAAAAUCUUCAGGGUAAGAGUUUGUAGAUAUUUUAGGUUUUUAAGUAAUACUUUUGGAAAGUUAAAUUAAAAAGUAUAUACAUAUACUUUUAUUUCAUAUUGCAUUAAAUUACUACGUUUAUGCAUCUUAUAAUAAUAUUUUUUCUUUCUUCAGUUUGUAAAUGGAGAAUCGUACAAGAAGUGGUACUUCAACAUUCCCAUUAUGGCCAACUUGUAUCGUCUGGCUAAUCAACUCUUGACCGAUCUGCAGGAUGACAACUACUUUUACCUCUUUGACUUGAAGAGUUUCUUCACAGCCAAAGCCUUAAACGUUGCUAUUCCUGGUGGUCCCAAGUUCGAACCGCUCUUCAAAGAUAUCCACAACAAUGACGAGGACUGGAACGAGUUUAACGACAUCAACAAAGUUAUCAUCAGAUCUCCAAUCAGAACAGAAUAUCGUAUCGCAUUCCCUUUUAUGUACAAUAAUCUCAUCAACGCUUUGCCGGUUACCGUGUCGUGGUAUCACACGCCUUCAGUUGUCUUUAUCAAGACGGAGGAUGAUGAUCUUCCGGCGUUUUAUUUUGACCCUUUGAUUAAUCCGAUCUCUCACAAAAACUCUGAAAAGGUAAGUCGGUUAUUAGUGAGUUGUAGUAGUGUUUUUAUUGUUUUAAUGUUGGUGAAACAGGUGGAAGCGUUUGUGAAAGCCGAGUAACGUUUCUGUUUAUUCACCAGAGAUAAUAUUCGUUUAAAGGCGGGAUGAAAUGAAGAAUGGACGCUUUUAUCUAGAUAAUUGAAAACGAUACAUUACUUAAAACAAAUAAAAGGUCAUAUAUAUAUUGUGAUUGAUAUCUAAUUUUUUAUUUUCAGACCGUUGAACCAGAACCUGAGGAUGGUGAAGAUGAAUUCGAACUUCCAAAUGAUUUUGAGCCGUUGUUUAGUAACGAAGAACUUUACACAGAAAACACUGCUAACGGAAUUGCGCUUUUGUGGGCGCCAAGACCAUUUAACUGUCGUUCUGGUCGUACUCGACGAGUUCUCGAUGUUCCAUUGGUAAAACCAUGGUAUCUGGAACAUUGUCCAGCUGGAAUGCCUGUGAAAGUCAGAGUGUCGUAUCAGAAGUUGCUGAAGGUAUACGUGUUGAACUCACUCAGACACAGACCACCGAAGCCACAGAAAAGAAGGUAAGCAGCUUAUUUUAGACUUUGCUUCUGAUUUUAGGUAACAAGCUAAAUUUCGAAACACUUAAGAUUGUUGAAAAGCGAAAAGAAACUAUGAUUUAAUGAUUAUUUUAUUGUUAGUAAUUUAACUGCAUAUUUUCUAAUUUUUAGGUAUUUGUUCCGGUCCUUUAAAGCUACCAAGUUCUUCCAAGUGACAACUUUGGAUUGGGUUGAAGCUGGAUUGCAAGUACUGCGUCAAGGAUACAACAUGCUGAACUUAUUGAUUCACCGAAAGAACUUGAAUUACUUGCAUUUGGAUUACAAUUUCAAUCUUAAGCCUGUGAAGACAUUGACUACGAAGGAAAGAAAGAAGUCUCGGUUCGGUAACGCUUUCCAUUUGUGUCGAGAGAUCUUGCGGUUAACUAAAUUGGUUGUCGAUGCCCAUGUACAAUACAGAUUGAACAAUGUCGACGCUUAUCAGGUAAUAUAAAGAGUUUUUAAUUUUUUUUUGUGUUUUUUUUAGUUUUGUUUUUGAUCUUAUUGUUCACUCUUUCAGCUUGCUGAUGGUUUGCAAUACAUCUUUGCUCAUGUUGGGCAAUUGACCGGUAUGUACAGAUAUAAAUACAAGUUGAUGAGACAAGUGAGAAUGUGCAAAGACUUGAAACACAUGAUUUAUUACCGAUUCAACACUGGUCCAGUUGGAAAAGGACCUGGUUGUGGAUUCUGGGCUCCUGGAUGGAGAGUUUGGUUGUUCUUCAUGAGAGGAAUCACACCUUUGUUAGAGAGAUGGCUGGGCAACUUGUUGUCUCGACAGUUCGAAGGCAGACAUUCCAAAGGAGUGGCGAAGACUGUCACGAAACAGAGAGUGGAGAGUCAUUUUGAUUUGGAAUUGCGGUAAGUGUUAUUUGAUUAUGUUUUAUAUGUUAGUUUUGUAAAAAGAUGUAAAGAUUACGUUUGAUGUUUAUGUUUUCAGUGCCUCUGUGAUGCACGACAUCUUGGACAUGAUGCCAGAAGGAAUCAAACAGAACAAGGCUCGUGUUAUCCUUCAACAUUUGAGCGAAGCUUGGAGAUGUUGGAAGGCCAACAUUCCUUGGAAGGUACCCAACCUUCCCACACCGGUCGAGAACAUGAUCUUGAGAUACGUGAAAGCCAAGGCCGACUGGUGGACUAACUCUGCACAUUACAACCGUGAAAGAGUCCGUCGUGGAGCUACUGUAGACAAGACUGUGGUCAAGAAGAACCUGGGAAGACUAACUCGGUUGUACUUGAAGGCCGAACAAGAACGACAACACAACUACCUGAAGGACGGUCCAUAUGUGUCUGCUGAACAGGCUAUUGCUAUCUUCACCAACACUGUUCAUUGGCUGGAAUCCAGAAGAUUCUCACCAAUCCCAUUCCCUCCAUUGUCGUACAAACAUGACACAAAGUUAUUGAUCUUGGCUUUGGAACGGCUGAAGGAAGCUUAUUCGGUCAAGAAUCGGCUGAAUCAAAGUCAGAGAGAAGAAAUGGCACUCAUUGAACAGGCUUACGACAAUCCUCACGAAGCUUUGUCCAGAAUCAAGAGGCAUAUGUUGACUAUGAGAUCGUUCAAGGUAAACUUUUCUUUGACUUUUUUUAUUAUGAUUUAUUUUUCUUUUUUGAUUAUUAUUUAUUGUCCUUAUUAGUGUAAUAUUAAUUUUAAUGUUUCAGGAAGUGAACAUUGAGUUCAUGGAUUUGUACAGUCACCUGAUACCUGUUUAUGACAUCGAACCUUUGGAAAAGGUAACAGAUGCUUACCUUGAUCAGUAUUUGUGGUACGAGGCAGACAAACGUCACUUGUUCCCCUCUUGGAUCAAGCCUGGAGACACGGAACCUCCACCACUUCUGGUCUACAAAUGGUGUCAAGGAAUCAACAAUCUUCAAGAGGUCUGGGAGACGAAGGAAGGUCAGUGCAACGUCAUGUUGGAAGCCAAGUUGGAUAAGAUCUACGAGAAAAUGGAUUUGACAUUGUUGAACACACUGCUUCGUCUGAUCGUCGAUCACAACAUUGCCGAUUACAUUUCGGCCAAGAACAACGUCACUAUCAACUACAAGGACAUGAACCACAUUAAUUCGUUUGGUAUCAUCAGAGGACUUCAGUUCGCAUCAUUUGUUGUUCAGUACUAUGGUUUGGUACUCGAUCUUCUGAUUCUGGGUCUUCGCAGAGCUUCUGAAAUCGCUGGUCCUCCACAAUGUCCAAAUGAAUUCUUGAACUUCCAGGAUUCUGAAACCGAAAUGGGUCAUCCAAUCAGAUUGUACUGUCGUUAUGUCGACAAGAUUUGGGUAUUCUUCCGAUUUGACGCUGAAGAUACUAGAGAUUUGAUCCAACGGUACCUAUCUGAACAUCCUGACCCUAACAACGAGAAUGUUGUCGGAUACAACAACAAGAAGUGCUGGCCAAGGGAUGCUCGAAUGAGGCUGAUGAAGCACGAUGUGAAUCUGGGAAGAGCCGUCUUCUGGGACGUUAAGAAUCGACUUCCACGUUCUGUCACGACAAUCAACUGGGAAGACUCGUUCGUCUCCGUCUACAGCAAGGACAACCCCAAUCUACUGUUCGAUAUGUGUGGGUUCGAGUGUAGAAUUUUACCCAAAUGCAGAGCUAAUUUUGAAGAUUCCACGACUCGAGACGGAAUCUGGAAUCUACAGAAUGAAGUGACGAAGGAGAGAACCGCUCAAUGUUUCUUGAAGGUCGACGAAGAUUCGCUUCAGAAGUUCCACAACAGAAUUCGCCAGAUUCUGAUGAGUUCUGGUUCGACGACGUUUACGAAGAUCGUCAACAAAUGGAAUACCGCUUUGAUCGGACUUAUGACAUACUACAGAGAAGCCGUUGUCAACACUCAAGAGCUUCUGGAGUUGUUGGUCAAGUGUGAGAACAAGAUUCAGACUCGGUAAGUUGAUCUUUAUUAAUAUUUUUUAUUCUGUAAAGUUUGGUUUUGGUGAAAAAUUUUAAAAUAUAUUUUUGUUAUUUCAGUAUCAAGAUUGGCCUGAACUCGAAAAUGCCUGCUCGUUUCCCACCGGUCGUAUUUUACACUCCGAAGGAAAUUGGAGGGCUUGGAAUGUUGUCCAUGGGUCACGUCUUGAUCCCACAAUCUGAUCUUCGGUGGAUGAAACAGACUGAUGCUGGCGGUGUAACCCACUUCAGGUCGGGUAUGACCCACGAUGAAGAUCAAAUCAUUCCCAACUUGUACCGGUACAUAAAGCCAUGGGAAGCAGAAUUUGUAGAUUCUCAGAGAGUAUGGGCAGAGUACGCUUUGAAGAGACAAGAAGCCAAUGCUCAGAAUAGAAGACUCACGUUGGAGGAUCUGGAUGACAGUUGGGACAGAGGUAUCCCUAGGAUCAACACUCUCUUCCAGAAGGACAGAAACACAUUGGCCUACGACAAAGGAUGGAGAGUACGAACAGAAUUCAAAACCUACCAAAUCUUGAAGCAGAAUCCCUUCUGGUGGACGCAUCAGAAGCACGACGGUAAAUUGUGGAAUUUGAACAAUUACAGAACCGACAUGAUUCAAGCUCUGGGUGGAGUUGAAGGUAUUCUGGAGCACACUCUCUUCCGUGUAAGCUUUCAUUUGACUUGUCAUAGUGUUUAAUUGUUUACGUCUAUUCAUAAUGUUUAAUCUUAUAUUAUUUAUGUUGUUUUAGGGUACCUACUUCCCAACAUGGGAAGGUUUGUUCUGGGAAAGAGCUUCAGGUUUUGAAGAAUCCAUGAAGUUCAAGAAGCUGACAAACGCUCAAAGGUCUGGUUUGAAUCAGAUUCCGAAUCGUCGAUUCACGUUGUGGUGGUCACCAACCAUCAACCGAGCCAAUGUAAGUGAUCACAAUAUUCUUAAAAGGCAAUGUUACCAACUGAUCCACGCCAAUUAUAAAGCGAGUUAUACCGUUGGAAAGAACGUUAAAAAGUAGUCUAGAACAGCUUUUUUUAGCUGCCGAAACCAUGUGGCACGGCAUAUAUUAGCGAUCAAAAGAUUUACAUAGGGUUUUCUAUUCGACUCUUCUCAUUGAUGCUGAGCAAAACGAAGAGUUGAAUCAUCCAGUAUGGUCGAGUGGUUAACAAGUUAGUUUGGGGUGUAGAAGGCGGGGAGUUCGGAUCCCGUCGAUUUCAUUUUGGCGCCCAGCCAUCAUGACCAGAAUUUUUGGCUAGCCAGCCAUAUUUUGAUUAAAAAAAUAUUUUAAAAGUCCUAUUUUUUACUUUUUUUUCAUUUUAGAAAAAAAUACUUAUCAAAAAAUAGCAUUUUUUGAACUUUAAAGGUAUAAUCUAAACAUAUAAGGGUAUAUAACGAGCUGUAGCUGCCGUGCCACAUGGUUUCGGCAGCUAAAAAAAGCUGAUUCUAGGCUACUUUUUAACGCUCUUUCCAACGGUAUAACUCGUUUUAAAAUUGGCGUGGAGUAGUUUGUAACAUUGCCUUGUUAGAUUGUUUUUUGGUAGUUCCUAUGGUAUCAUAUUUAAUUUCUUGUUUUUAGGUUUACGUUGGUUUCCAAGUACAAUUGGAUUUGACUGGUAUUUUCAUGCACGGUAAGAUCCCGACCCUGAAGAUUUCGUUGAUCCAAAUCUUCCGGGCUCACUUGUGGCAGAAGAUUCACGAAUCUGUGGUCAUGGACUUGUGUCAAGUGUUCGACUUGGAGUUGGAUGCUUUGGAGAUUCAGACUGUCCAGAAAGAGACUAUUCACCCUCGAAAGUCCUACAAGAUGAACAGUUCUUGCGCCGACAUUCUGUUGUUCGCCCAAUACAAAUGGCACAUCUCUCGACCGUCUUUGCUGGCCGACUCGAACGAUGUCACCGACAACACCACCACCCAGAAGUAUUGGGUAGAUGUUCAGCUUCGAUGGGGAGAUUACGAUUCUCACGAUAUCGAAAGAUACGCCAGAGCCAAGUUCUUGGACUACACCACCGAUAACAUGUCCAUCUACCCCUCGCCUAACGGUGUUUUGAUUGCCAUCGAUUUGGCCUACAAUUUGUACUCGGCUUACGGUAACUGGUUCCCUGGAAUGAAAGCCUUGAUCCGACAAGCCAUGGCCAAGAUCAUCAAAGCUAACCCGGCCUUCUACGUGCUUCGAGAACGUAUCAGAAAGGGUCUUCAACUGUACUCUUCUGAACCCACCGAGCCCUACCUAACCUCGCAGAACUACUCCGAACUCUUCUCUAACCAAAUCAUUUGGUUUGUCGAUGAUACUAAUGUCUACCGUGUAACUAUUCACAAAGUAGGGUUUUAAAAUAUUUUUAAUUUACUUUGUUUUAAUUAAUGACAUCUUUAACUUGUGUUUUUCAGACAUUCGAAGGUAACUUGACGACCAAGCCAAUCAACGGAGCCAUCUUCAUCUUUAAUCCUCGUACUGGUCAGCUCUUCUUGAAGAUCAUUCACACAAGUGUUUGGGCUGGCCAGAAGCGUCUCAGUCAGCUGGCCAAAUGGAAGACGGCUGAAGAAGUGGCUGCUUUGAUUCGGUCGCUACCUGUUGAAGAACAACCUCGUCAGAUCAUUGUCACUCGAAAAGCCAUGUUGGAUCCUCUGGAAGUGCAUUUACUCGACUUCCCCAACAUUGUGAUCAAGGGAUCUGAACUGAUGUUACCCUUCCAAGCCAUCAUGAAGAUUGAGAAGCUGGGAGAUUUAAUCUUGAAGGCUACUGAACCUCAGAUGGCCUUGUUCAACAUGUACGAUGACUGGCUCAAGUCCAUCUCCAGUUACACCGCCUUUUCUCGUGUCAUUUUGAUCAUGAGGGGUAUGCACAUCAACCCGGACAAGACCAAGGUGAUUCUGAAGCCGGAGAGAACCACAAUCACUGAAAGUCACCAUCUCUGGCCAUCGCUAACCGACGAGGAAUGGAUCAAGGUGGAGCUGUCAUUGAAGGAUAUGAUCCUGAACGACUACGGAAAGAAGAACAAUGUGAACGUGAGCUCUUUGACCCAAUCCGAAGUUCGUGACAUUAUUCUUGGUAUGGAGAUCAGUGCUCCAUCGCAACAACGUCAACAGAUCGCUGACAUUGAGAAGCAGACCAAGGAACAGAGCCAGCUGACUGCCACUACUACAAGGACCGUCAACAAACAUGGUGACGAGAUCAUCUCAGCUACGACCAGUAACUACGAGAGUCAGACCUUCUCCUCAAGAACCGAAUGGAGGAUCAGGGCUAUCAGUUCGACUAACCUCCAUCUCCGUACUCAACACAUUUAUGUCAAUGCUGAUGAUGUCAAAGAUACCGGAUUCACUUACAUUCUACCGAAGAACGUGCUCAAGAAGUUCAUCGUUAUCUCAGACUUGAGAACUCAGGUAUGUCAAUUGGCUAUUACAUAUUGUUCACUUUAAAAAGUUUGGUUUUAUUUUAGGUUGUUAUGCUUAAUAUUAUCUUGUUUCCGUUAAUUUAUUCUUAUUUUUCAGAUUGCUGGAUUCUUGUAUGGAUGUUCACCUCCAGACAACCCUCAAGUGAAGGAGAUUAGAUGUAUUGUUCUUCCACCUCAAUGGGGAACUCACCAAGUCGUCAACCUUCCCAAUCAACUUCCUCAACACGAGUUCAUUAAAGAUUUGGAGCCAUUGGGAUGGUAAGAAUCGUUUUAUGAGACUAUUUUUUAUUAUUUGUUUUAGUUUUUUAAUUGAAUUUUGAUCUGUUUUUGUUAAUUUUUAGGAUCCACACUCAACCUAACGAACUUCCUCAACUCUCUCCUCAAGAUGUCACUAUUCAUUCCAAAAUUUUAUCGCAAAACGAAGAAUGGGACGGUGAGAAGACCAUCGUUAUGACCUGCUCCUUCACACCUGGAUCCGUCUCACUAACGGCUUACCGACUAACUCCUUCCGGCUACGAAUGGGGCAAGAACAAUACCGACAAAGGAAACAACCCCAAAGGAUAUCUACCAUCUCACUACGAGAAGAUCCAAAUGUUGUUGUCCGACAGAUUCCUCGGCUACUACAUGGUACCCACCAACGGAAUCUGGAACUACAACUUCAUGGGAGUCAGACACGACGCCAACAUGAAGUACGACGUCUCGCUCGGAGUACCAAAAGAAUUCUACCACGAAGAUCACCGUACAGUCCACUUCCACAACUUCCAGAGCUUCGACGAUCCAGCUGGAGUCGCGUGGGCCGACCGUGAAGAUUGUUUUGCUUGA